AAAUUUUUCGAACAGGUUUUAUUUUAAUAACAUUCAUAAAUAAUCAUUUUAUUGCUUAAAAAUUAAGUUUUCCUGAGCUCCAAUAUUCAAAUACAUGGAAGCUGUCAUUACUAACAAAAUUGACCACCUAGCGGCCAUUUCAAACUGGAUUCGUCUAUUACCAUAAUCUCACAAAACAUAUCGGGUUUGGGUUUGGAUAUUUGGUUUGGUUUGGUCGCCAAACUCAUGCAAAGAUCCUGAACUAUUUCAAACCAGACGGCAAAAUUCAUUGUGCGUGAAGUGAUCAGUGCGAGAAGAUCACUCCUUCUAGAAUUCCAUCAAAUUCUGUAGUGUUUAUUUUAAGCAUUGUGUUUUAAGUUGAACUCUUCUAUGGCACACUCAUCGACAAUAAAAAGAUACUUUCUAGGUUUAGCAUUGUGUUUUCUGGUACUGAAACUAGCACAAUCUCAAAAGUCGCCAUGUCCAAACAUAUUUACCUACACGAUUUACCCGGGCACCGAUCAAGUGGUUGGUUUCUUGAAAAUUCGCAACAUUCAGGUUGGACAGGUGACCCAGAUCAACCUUCUCAUGACCAUCCAGGCAAAACUUCCGACGAAAAAUGUCGGAUCCAUCGUCCUCAUCAAGUCCCGCGAGGCAACGUUCAACGACAUCGUUCGCGGUGAGCCCGCCAAAUUCCUGGUCAACUUCCCCCUGAAAAAUAUCCUGCCAACGGUGGUGGGUAUCAAGCUCAACGGACGAACCAUUUGCCAGGGCCGCAGUACUAUCAAACGGAGAGGAACCGUAACGACCAUCAACCUGGAGCACAAGCUGUUUACUCAGCUAGCUUCCCCGAAGGUGUCCAAAACGGCAGUCGUACCGUACAAGCCACGUGCUGCCACGCUGAAUAGCUUGGCUCGUCAACCACAGUCUUCUACAAAUAAAAAGACUCAGUCGCGAGCGAAACCUAGAACAUCGUCAACUUCUUCAGUUGGGCGGGUUGUUCAAAGCAGACCUACAACUCCGCGACCACAAUUCUACACGAAUGUCGUGAAGUCACCGACUACCUCUAGAUUCACGUGUGGCCGAGCAUCGAGCGCAAACCUCAACAAACUCUCGAUCAACGGCCUAACCGUGGACAAGGGCCAAUUCCCAUGGAUCGUGCCACUGUUCGAUCGAACCCACCCUCGAUCGCCGCAAUUCUUCUGCGGCAGCACGAUCAUCUCGGACCGGUUCCUCAUCACGGCGGCUCACUGCGUGUUCGACGGAGAGGAAUUCUUCCAAGCUCAGCGGAUCAUGGCAGUGCCGGGCAUGUACAACAUCGACAACUUCUUCGACGAUCACGCGCAAAUUGUGGACAUUGACCGGAUCAUCCCGAACGAGGAGUACAUCCACGAGGACGACACUAACGACGCGGACGUGGCCGUGCUACGGCUGAAGAGUGCGCUGGAGUUUACCGACUACAUCAUCCCGAUCUGUCCCUGGCAGGGAGAGAACGACCUGCAGAAGAUCGUUGGCCAGGAGGGAAUCGUAGCAGGCUGGGGACUGACCCAGUUUGGAACAGCGUCGACAAAUCCGACCUACGUCAGGUCGCGGGUGGUCGACCGAUGGGGUUGCAUUCGGAACCUGAACCGGAUGUAUCCGAAGUACGCGAGGAUCUUCUGUGGUGACGGAGAGGGAUCGGUGCCGUGCAACGGAGAUUCCGGUAGUGGGUUGGUGAUCAAACGGGGAAAUCAGUACUAUCUGCGUGGGGUGGUGUCGAAGGGACUGCUGGACCCGAACACGCUCAAGUGUGACGCGAACAAGUUUGCCAUUUUUAUCGAUAUAGCACCCUUCCGGUUCUGGCUGAGGUCAGUUACGAAAGGAUAGUAAGCAGUUGCAUUUGACCAGGUUUAUUUACAAAUAAAUACCGUAAACCGGGUUGACUUUGAUAGGAUUUCAUUUUGUUUUUGGAAUAUUUUCCAACUGGUAGGGUUUUUUCUCAAGAUUAUUUUUUUUAAAACAUGUACUGGGGUAGGCCACACAAAGUCCAUGCACUAUUUUGGAAAAACAGUUUUUUCAAUAGUGUUUAGAAAAAUAGUUACGAUAAAAAAUCUUAGUUUAAAUUCCGGGGUGACUUUGAUAGUCAUAGUUUUUCAUGUUAAAAUCAUAUUUAAUAUGUUCAAACUUUAUUUGUACGUCUAUUGUACCAUCACUGAAAUUUGUUAUAACUAGUUUUGUUUAUAAAAUUAUCGAUUUAUAUUGCGUUUUAUACUGAAUUCGAAGCACGAGUCACAAGUUUUCACAUUUUACAUGAAAUUCGUUCAACUGAAAUUGCCUAUAAAUUUAGAGAUUUUUUAAUUGUGUUUCAAAAACACAUAUUAUUUAUUAUUUUCAAACUUAUUUAACCUUCUCCUAGUGAAAAAUUGUCCAAAGAAUCCGAACAUGCAUACCGUUUUCCGAUUCAAAAUCAUGUUCCUUGAGAAAAUCAUGACAUUUUGAGACGUUUAAAAUAAUGACUUUCAUCAACAUUUUCUUAACUAUAUUUAACUAACUUUUCAAACAUUUCAAAAUUUUAUAAAAAGUUCUUCUUGAGGUACUUUGAACACUUCUCUACCACGGUCAGUAUGAUUCUAAACCAUUCCGUACGUAUUUUAAUUGUACUUUUCCAGUUGCGGAAAAAUCGCAAACCUAUCAAAGUCACCCCGUUUUACGGUACAAACACAUUGACUUCUGUUUUUAAUUUCGAUGUCUUUUUUCGAUUCUUUGUGCUACAAAAUUACUCUAAAUAUGUUCCAAAAAUCUGGGAAUUCGUAAUCCAAGAUGGUGGCCAAUAUGGCCGCGAUGGAAAUGGUGGGAUCAACCAUCAUUUGACUGAUUUAGGGGUUCGUUAAACUCAAAAUUUUACUUAAAAAAUAUAAUAAAAUGAAAUAAAGGAAAAAAUAUAUUAUUAUUCAUGCGUUGAUUACAUAGGCCAAUUUUUUUCCGUACAACCACAAUU